CUAGGCAUGGUGUUGGUAAAAGUCAGUAAUAUGCAGACUGCUGUAUUUUGGCAACUGUCAGGUAUUUGGGCCAUUUCCCACCAGUGUGGGGAUGUCUACUCUGCUCUUCUGAGCUGAGUUUCACUUUGAGAGAAUGUCCUUAGCUUUCAAGCCUCCUUCCUUGCUUCUCCCUGAUAGAAGUGCAAAAGGGACACUGUGCACUGUCCAGUUUCUGCAGAACAUGAGUCACUUCCUUCUGUCAGCUUGCCCAGGAAAACCGAUAAUGUUAACUGAAAAUAUAAUUUUAAACCAAUACUCCCGUCUUCAAAAUAUUUCAUUUUCUGAACAACGCAUCAGUGAUGUUACAGGUAAGUGACUUGCACAAAAAGCAGAUGAAUCUAUCACAAGGGAUCGAUGUACUUUUACUCCUUUUCAGUUGUGGCAUCUUUAUGUUGGAUUGACCAAAUGUUGACUCUAUUGGAUGAGUGCAGCACCACUGUCUGCACUUGUUCUUUUCCUGCUGUUUCCAGGUACAGCCUGAGUGUGUGGCAGCCAGGAGGGAUGGAGGAAGGACCACUAUCCAUUUUGUGGAGUUGCUCUGUUGGGAGUCAAGGGGAUGUUCUGGGUGAAAAUGUCGUGGUGUUAUCUUUAUGGCUUCAGUCUGGCUGCAUGUCAGAUUGCUCAUGCUGAUGAAGCUGAGGCGUUUGGUGGGGACUCAUGGCCCUGGAUACCGAGAUUCUAGGUGUGUUGUUGUGACAGUGCAUGCCUGCCUGAAAGGGAAGACGAGAGCUUGACGUUUAUUGUACAAGUGGAAAAUGAGGCAGAGGAACAGCUCUUCAUUGAGAUAUAAGAAGAGUACUUGAAAAGUGUGGUUGCUUUUUCAGUAUUCUCGAAGAAUUUGGGCUCUUUGUAGUAGCCACGCACGUGCAAGUGUCUGGAGGCUUGAUUGUUGUGGAUUCUGUUGUUAUGUAGGAGAGCUUUUCUCUGCCGUAUAAUGCUAUCUUCACAGAAAGGAGGAGGAGGAAAGGAAAAAGAAUAGAACGGGAAGGCAGACAGGCAGACAGGCAGGAAAGAAGGAAGGAAGGAAGAGCGAGUUUACUGGUAUGUCACAGAUACUGCCACUGUACACAUAAAGGGAGGAGAGCAAGAAAGGAGGACAUAAAAGGAGUGAGAGAAGAGAGACAGAAGAUGCUAUGAAGGAAUGACACAAGGAGGUAAUUAAGAAUAGAAGAUGACAAAGAAAACAACCGCAAAAGAAAUGACAAGUAUGCAACGACCUUACCUUUAAUGGCUGGGAGAAGCUGGUCCUCAAUAGACUCCACCUUGAUUAGAAUAUUCUGCAGUCCAAUGUUACUGCCACGUAAGUCGGGUUUGUGGAUUUAGCUCGGUUUUCCUGCUGUAUGGCUCCGGAGGCUUCUUGCGAGUUGCCAGGAGGGAUAAAGAAGAGGGAACAGUAAAAAAAAAAAUAAAUAAUGCCAAAGUCUAAAAUGAAAGAAGAGAACGGCUGGAAGUGGAAAAGCAUAGGAGAUGACCAUAACGGAGCGGCGGUGCGGGCGCUGUGUGGGAGCGUGUGAGGCGGCGGAGCAGCGCACGGUGUCGCUGCAGGCUCAGGAACGGCGUGUGGGCGGCUCCGCCCCGGUGCGGCGGAGAGCCCGGCUGUGAGCGCGGGGGGGCGGCGCGGGCCGGGCAGCAGAGCCGCUGCGUCCGGGCGGCGGCGGGGAGCCGUGCGGGGCCCGUGCCGGGGCCGGCAGGCAGAGCGGCGGCGGCGGCGGCGGCGGCGGCGGCAGGGAUGGGCGAGCGGCGGUGCGCGUUGGUGCGGGUGCUGGUGCUGCAGGCGGCCUGGGCGGUGUCGGGCGGGCAGGUGCGCUACUCGGUGCCGGAGGAAGCGAAGGCCGGGACGGUGCUGGGCCGUCUGGCGCAGGACCUGGGCCUGGAGGCGGGCGAGGCGGAGGCGCGGCGGCUGCGGCUGGUGGCGCAGGGCCGGCGGGCGAGCGUGGAGGUGAGCGGGGCGAGCGGCGCGCUGGUGCUGAGCUCGCGGCUGGACCGGGAGGAGCUGUGCGGCAAGAGCGCUCCGUGCGCGCUGCGCCUGGAGGUGCUGGUGGAGCGGCCGCUGCGCGUGUUCCAUGUGGAGCUGGAGGUCACCGACAUCAACGACAAUGCCCCCGUCUUCCCCGCAGCCCGAAAAAACCUCAGUUUAUCGGAGAACUCCCCUCCUGGGUUCCGUUUCCCUCUGGAGGGCGCAUCGGAUGCGGAUAUUGGAGCGAACGCUCAGCUCACCUAUACACUCAGUCCCAGCGAGCAUUUUUCUCUGGAUUUACAAAAAUCGAAUGCUCGAAAUAUUGAACCUGAACUUGUUUUAACGAAAUCUCUGGACCGGGAGACAAUUCCCGUUCACCGGUUGGUGCUGACAGCGAGUGACGGGGGCCGGCCGUCUCUGACAGGUACCAUGGAGCUGGAGAUCUUGGUGCUGGAUGCCAACGACAACGCACCCCAGUUCAACCAGUCGGUGUAUAAAGUGCAGCUGCCAGAGAGCGCUGCAGUGGGGACGCUGGUGACACGGGUGAACGCUACGGAUGUGGACGAGGGACUUAACAGUGAGGUGACCUAUACGGUGACAAACUUCAUUCCCCCGAGUGGAAGAGAUGUGAUUUCCGUUAAUCCUAAUACCGGGGAGAUUCACCUCACAGCAGCCCUGGACUUCGAGGAAGUCGCUGUAUUCAAUUUCCGAAUUGAAGCGAGAGACCAAGGAACACCUCCGCUGUCGGGUCACUGCAAGGUGGAGCUGGAGGUGGUGGAUGUGAACGACAACGCGCCGGAGGUGUGGGUGACGUCGCUGUCGGUGCCGGUGUCGGAGGACGCGUCAUUGGGGACGGUGGUGGCCCUGCUGAGCGUGUCGGACCGGGACUCGGGGGCGAACGGUCGUGUGCGGUGCUGGGUGUGGCCGGCGUCGCCGUUCGGUCUGGAGGCGACGUUCGCGGGCUCGUACUCGCUGGUGCUGCGCGAGGCGCUGGACCGGGAGCGGGUGUCGGAGUACGAGGUGGAGGUGCGUGCGGAGGACGGCGGGGCGCCGUCGCUGCGCGCCAGCCGCGGGCUGCGGGUGCCGGUGUCGGACGUGAACGACAACGCGCCGGCGUUCGCGCAGGCCGUGUACACGGUGCUGGCGCGGGAGAACAACGCGGCGGGCGCGGAGCUGGCGCGGCUGUGGGCGCGGGACCCGGACGAGGCGGGCAACGGGCGCGUGAGCUACUCGGUGUGGGAGGGCGGCGCGGCGGCGGUGUCGGCGUCGGGGGCGGCGGGCGGCGGGUGGCGGCCGGCGUCGAGCUACGUGUCGGUGGACGCGGAGAGCGGGCGCGUGUGGGCGCUGCAGCCCUUGGACUACGAGGAGCUGCAGGUGCUGCAGUUCGAGGUGCGCGCGGUGGACGCGGGGGAGCCGCCGCUGUGCGGCAACGCCACGGUGCAGCUGUUCGUGCUGGACGAGAACGACAACGCUCCGGCGCUGCUGCCGCCCGCGGGCUCGGCAGCGGAGGCGGGCGGCGUGGCGGGCGAGGCGGCGGAGCUGGGGGCGGUGGCGGCGGCGGGGGCGGUGUCGGGCUCGGGCACGCUGUGGGCGUGGGCGGCGUGGGGGGCGCCGGCGGGGCAGGUGGUGGCGAAGAUCCGCGCCGUGGACGCCGACUCGGGCUACAACGCGUGGCUGCGCUACGAGCUGUGGGAGCCGCGGGGCAAGGGCCCGUUCCGCGUGGGGCUCUACAGCGGCGAGGUGAGCACGGCGCGGGCGCUGGACGAGGCGGACGGCCCUCGCCAGAGGCUGCUGAUCGUCGUGCGCGACCACGGCGAGCCGGCGCGCUCGGCCACGGCCACGCUCAGCGUGUCGCUGGUGGAGGCGGCCGAGGCGGCGCUGGCGGCGGGAUCCUCGUCGUCUUUGUCGUCUUUGUCGUCUUUGUCGUUGUCGCGGGCGGCGGGUGCGGGCGGGGAGCUGGGUCCCGGGGCGGCGAGCGCGGCGACGAACGUGUGGCUGGUGGUGGCGAUCUGCGCCGUGUCGAGCCUGUUCCUGCUGGCCGUGGUGCUGUACGGGGCGUCGCGCUGGGCGCCGCGGGCGGCCGUGCUGUCGGGGCCCGGGCCCACGACGCUGGUGUGCGCCAGCGAAGUGGGCAGCUGGUCGUACUCGCAGCGCCACAGCCGCAGCCUGUGCGUGGCGGACGGCGCGGGCAAGAGCGACCUCAUGGUUUUCAGCCCCAACUUCCCUCCGCCGCCGCCGCCUGGCCCCGCGGCCAAGGACACGCAGCCGGAGCCGUCCGCUCUCCUCGACACGGUCAGUGGCACGCUCUUGCUCUCCUCUCUCACCCGUACCCAUUCCUUCUAUCCCUCCAGGUGUGUAACCUCUGUAGGAAUUCCGGCUCAGUUCCUAGGGCCCGAGAGCGAUGAGUACUUGACGGGUACUUAACGAUAUCACUGUCACCUUUUCAUCUUCUCUUCGGGGAAAUACAGAGGUAUUGCCGCACUCCAGAGUAGUUAUGGUCCGCAGCUGCAGUUUGCUGCUCCGUGUGUAAACUGUUCUGUAGUAGAAUGAAAUCCAUGCCGAUUUCGAUGAGAGGUGCCCUAAGGUGUCAGAUUUCAAAACAGUCUUUCCUGCUUCUUUGUACCAUUUCUACCCGAGCAUGCUGUAGGUUGUGAUGUUUGCGGUCUCAUGGCAGCGUGUGUUGCCUUAUUUCCUUUGGUGACUGCUCACCGUGCUGGUUUUAGUCUGGUUUCUUACGGAAAAAUGCUAUCCUCCUCUAAUUCUGCUCACUAGAAGAUGUGAUACAAGGUGGCAAUUAUAUUUUUCAUGGACCAAGGUUCUCCAUUUUUGUUCUACCAUAAGACUCAUUAAGCAUGUAGGCAAGGUGUGACUAAUAUUUCCAUGUUCCCAUAAGCUUUUCCCACAUAUUAUUGUUUUAAUUAGAAGCAUAAAGUGUAGGGCCUGAGGAGUAUGGUUCAAGGAACGUGUAACAAGCAAGACAAUUGGUUUUUUCCUUGCUGCCCCUGUUCCCGAGAUUGUGGGUUUGUUUUCCUGGGCUGAGAAACAGCAGUAAAUACACUUGCCUAUUUUGAUGUUCUUGCACAAUUUGCAUUAAUGGUGACAUCAUCUCAAAAGUCCUGUAAAUCUCUCCAGCAUUGAAGAAACAAAGUGACAAGUCCAACAAUCAAAGAAUCACCAUUUCCCACCAAGUCUCAAAUGACAUUCUCCUACAGAAUAACUAUUGUGUGUUAGACUCAUAUUCUUGCCAAGACUUUGUUUUUUUUUUCUCAGAGCAUGACAUCAAUGACAUAACCAUGUCGAGUUGUCCCAGUGCCACCUUUAGAAAGAGUUCUGCUCCCAGGUCGGCCACGUUUCCAUCUGAGAUAGCUGAAGCUAGCAAAAUAUGAAAUGUCAGCAUCAGAGUUUCUGCUGUAAAUGGCAUUGAUGAUGGCAUCUCUCAGUUUUUUAUGGUGCUGUCAUUGCUGAGAAGAAUAAACAAAAAUCAUGUUGAGCCUUGAGAUAAGAAAGGCAACAGUGAUCUGUGACAAUUGAAUAGGCCCUGACCAUUUCCUUAUCUUCAGGGUGACCUGGAGAAGUGGGAAAACAUGGUUUAAGGGGUACUGCAAAUCCGUGGUCAUGACAUAAGGAAAGAACAUGAGAUUAUAUGUUUGUCUUGAGAAGACGUCUCCGAGGGGUGCGUGGAGGAUGCCUAAAGGAAAGUGUGAGGCACGAUGGGACAGAAUGCUCUUGCCAAGGAUCAUUUCCCAGCCCUAAGGGUCUGGAGUGGGAGGCCUUCCUGAUCAUGAGACAGUGUGUGAUCCUGAAAUGCUCAGAAAUGUUCCUUUGAGGUUCUCGGUAUGUUUCAUCAGAGACAGCCCCUUGUGCUGCUGUCUGCCUGGUGUAGGCCAUGCAUUGGUAAGAGGUGGUGAGAUGGAGAGUGCUGAAUGUUGUCUGAUGAGCUGCUUGUUCCAGAAAUGGUGGUGUGGAAGGAGAACACUUCAAGCUGCUGUCCUGGUGUAGUGUUGGGCAUUCAUAGUCGUUUUCACAGCCAUUGGUGUUGCCAGAGUGGCUCCUUGCUCCUCCUCAGGUGGGAUUUAUAAGGACAUAUGAUGAGGCUGUAAUCUUCAUGUGCUCAACUUCCUCUACUUGCAAUUCCUCCACUGCACAGAUGACCUCAGGAGACAGAUUUUUCACACAUGCCUCCUUGUGGUAUUUGCAGGUACAAACCUGCACUGCAGCCCAGCUCUGGUUUCAUGCCGUACCAAUUCUCCCACUCAACUGACCUUGCAAGUGCUUUUGUACUUUGGUAUUUGCUGUGGUUCUCUUGAUGAUAUCAAGAUGAGUGGACUGGGAUCAGAGCUGGGACAGUUCUUAUCUCAGAAUAUUCAUGAACUCUAAAUGCAGCUUUGUUGUGCUUUCCACCUGAGAUUGGUGAAAAGGAGCAAAGCAUGGGUGGUGAACAGGUGGACAGCUGGGGACAGCCUGCCAGAGGCUGUGUGUCUUUGCAGCCCUCAGUGUGUUCUCUAUGCCAGUCAUGAGGGAAGGUGAGGAUGUGCAAAGAAUUGAAUCACACACAGAGCAGAGUUUACAGCUGGGUCGUGUUGCUGGGUUCUAGCAAUGUCUGAUAUUUAGUCUGUGAUCCUGCACGUGGCACUAAAUAGGGCGUGGAUCCGUGCUGUGGGGAGGGGUGAGUUUGAGUGGGGAAGAGCGUUGCCUAAGGAAGAUGUGGAUUCUGGGUAGAAGACAAUCUAUGUCAUUGGGGAGGAGUUAUGGAGAUCUCAUUUCACAUGGCAUGGGAUAAAGAAUAUAAGUAGCAAACCUCGAGGAAAAGCCCAUGUCCGUAGGGUUGCUGCCCUGAGAUCCUGACAGGACCUCCCAUAGUUCUGUAUAUUCUUGUGUUCUCUCAAUCCCUGUGACAUUACUUCUUGUGACAUUACCUGCCAUGCAUGCCUAAAAAUGCUUGUAUUUUGUGUGGAAUGUUGUUGGUCAAAGAGAGGGUUUUU